AUGACGGUGGAUGCGAUGAUCGAUUUCCUAGGACGACUGGACCUCGGCUCCCUAAAUGCAUCUUUGUAUAUCGAGAAAAACUCUGCUAACGCAUCUGCACUCCCCAAUAUUGGUAUAGCCGCGUCCGGUGGCGGUUACCGAGCACUAAUGAACGGUGGAGGUGGCCUGCAGGCCUUUGACUCUCGAACUGUCAACUCCAGUCUUCCGGGUCAUCUAGGAGGUGUCCUACAGUCAGCCACAUACCUCUCAGGGCUCAGCGGGGGUAGUUGGCUCGUAGGAUCCAUCUACAUUAACAAUUUUACGGAUGUCACAUCCCUGCGAGAUAGCGGAACGGUUUGGCUGUUCCAAGAUUCCAUCUUUGUUGGCCCAAAAGACAGUGCGACCUUUGCCAUCAGAACAUCCGACUACUAUUCGCAGAUGCAGGAUGCAGUGACCGGAAAGACUGAUGCUGGGUACAACACUUCCAUCACGGACUACUGGGGCCGCGCGGUCGCCUACCAACUCAUCAAUGCUACCGAAGGUGGUGUCAGCUACACGUGGUCCUCUAUUGCUCUAAGCCCGAACUUCCAGAGUGGAGGUAUGCCAAUGCCCAUUGUGGUAGCGGACGGAAGAGCUCCAGGGCAAAUUAUCAUCCCUGCUAAUACGACCGUUUUUGAAUUCAACCCAUGGGAGUUCGGAACCUUUAAUCCACCCCUACAGGCAAUGGUGCCCUUAGAUUUUCUCGGGUCAAAUUUCUCCAAUGGGGCACUUCCGGCGAGCCAACAGUGCGUUCGUGGUUUCGACAAUGCUGGUUUUGUUAUGGGGACAUCGUCAUCGCUCUUCAACCAAGCAUUCCUGCAGGUGAACAACACUCAAGCACCUCAGAUAGUGAAAAAUUCGGUCAAUCAGAUACUGCGUUCACUCGGAGCGGCCAACCUAGAUAUCGCUGUGUAUGAGCCAAACCCGUUCUAUCUGUACACCAACCAGUCUGAAUACGCCAAAUCUACCAUCUUGACCCUAGUAGACGGGGGAGAGGAUCUUCAAAAUAUCCCUCUAGAGCCUCUCUUGCAGCCACAGCGCAAAGUGGACGUGAUUAUUGCACUUGACUCGUCCGCCGAUACUAGUACACGGUGGCCUAAUGGCACCGCAAUGGUUGCCACAUACCAGCGGAGCUUGAGCCCACUGGGCCAGCAAAGUGGACUUGCCUUCCCGUCCGUGCCGGACCAGAACACUUUUAUCAACCUGGGACUAAAUAACCGCCCGACGUUCUUCGGCUGCAACAGCUCCAACGUCAGCGGCUCCGCGCCGCUGGUCGUCUACAUCCCAAACGCGCCGUACAGCUACCAGUCUAAUGUAUCCACAUUCGACCUGCAAUAUAACACUACCGAGCGCGAUUCCAUCAUCGAGAACGGUUAUGACGUCGCUACACUAGGCAACGCAACGACAGACCCCAACUGGCCUAUGUGCUUGGGCUGUGCGAUCUUGAGUCGGAGUCUGGAGCGCACCAACACCGCUGUCCCAGAGAGCUGCACGGCAUGUUUCCAGCAAUAUUGCUGGAAUGGCACAACGAACAGCUCUGACCCUGGUCCUUACUAUCCGACCUAUAAGCUAUCGCAGUCGCAGUUACAUGUUCGCACUAGUGGAGGGCGACGAUCCAUACUGCCCACUGGUCGACUCAUGUUGGAGGUAGUUGAAGCGGCCGUCUGUUAUGCGCUAACCUUUUCGCUUUGGUGGUAA